UGACGAUUCUGUGUGUUCAUGCGUGUCCAUGACCAUCUUCCAGACCUCCCCUGACGGUACGCCCACCGCGACGAACAUUGACUGCCGGAAUAACUGGCAGGCGUUUACUAUCUACCAAGAGCUGGAGGUGCUUUUCACCACUGAAUUAUCAACAGCAAGCUCGACUAUCUCAACAACCCCCGGUGUGACAACACCAAGUGCGACAAGACCCAGUGUGACAGCAACCACAUCUCCCAUUCCAACAGCUGGCCCGGCAGGUAAAUCAAAUAAAUCAUGGAUUGCAGGCGCAGUGAUUGGUCCAAUCGCUGGGAUCAUACUGGCCACUGUGGUCUUCUGGCUAAGGCGACGCCGGGCGAGGCACUUGAAACUCUCCUCUGUCUCCCAUACUCAACCUCCCCCGGCGGAGUUGCAUGAAGGGCUGCCAGGGCCUGUGGAGUUACCCUCAUCAAGGAAUAAACAUGCAAUAGUGCCUGCGGAGUUGGCCUCUGAUGAUAAUCCCAGGGAGCUUCCAUAAUAGCCCAUGUGUAGAUGGAUAGUUUGUCUCUUAUUUUGCUAGGUAGAGAGCUUCAUAGCCUAUAUUCCCUAAUGUACCACAAUGGCUCUAAUACUUUAAUAUGAGAUCUUCAGGG